CAAAAAAAUUUUCUAUCAUGAUUUUUAUAAAAGUCAUAUUUACUUUUUCAAUUUUUACUAUUAGUUGUACCAAAGUCUUAGGCCAUGGAAUGGCUAUAGAUCCAGUUGGUCGCGGAUCUGCAUGGCGACAGGGAUUUAAAACCCCAGAAAACUGGAAUGACAAUGAAAAUUUUUGUGGCGGAUAUGGGGUUCAUUAUGGCAUUAAUAAAGGGAAAUGUGGAGCUUGUGGAGAUGAUUAUUCUUUAACUGUUCCUAGACCUCAUGAAAAUGGUGGAUUGUAUGGUACUGGCACUAUUGUUCGAACAUACAAGUCUGAGUCUAUCAUUAAUGCAACAAUUCAGUUAACUGCAUCACACUUAGGAUAUUUCGAGUUUGCUCUUUGUCCUUUGGAAAAUGAAAAAGAUGUUGAGACAGAAGAUUGUUUCGAAAGAUACCCAUUACGUCUAGCUUCAGGUGGAUAUAAAUAUCCUGUCAGAUCUUCAGGCAAUACAUUACAUACAGUAGAACUAGUUCUUCCUCAAAAUUUGAAAUGUAAGCAAUGCUCAUUUAGAUGGCAUUAUAGAACUGGAAAUACUUGGGGUAUUUGCCCAAAUGGAAAAGGUGAUUUAGGGUGUGGUAAUCAAGAAACGUUCAGAACUUGCUCAGAUAUUGCAAUUGAAUAAAAAUAUAACAGUUAAUAAUAUUGUAAACAUUUAAAUUGAAAUAAAAUUUUAGAUAUAUAUGUACAUUUAAAAAAAAA